CAGGUAGUGUAAGUUCAGUUUCACUGAUCUGCUCAUAUAGCAGGUAUAUCUUGUAGUUUGCAUCUACUUGAUGGACGACUGACGAUGUUAAAGGUGGUUUUGGAUAACAAUGUUUGGGGGCAGUGAAGUGAAAAUACCUAUACAUAAUCACAACGGCUACUUGAAAUGAAACAAACUAUAAUAGUAUAGGAUUUUUAUGUAGAUUUUUUGUAAGCCUUGAGAACAUUUUUCAAGGGUUGUUGAUGCUGUAGCCGAGAGUUAGAGUGUGGAAUUUUAUUCUGGGAGUGAGGGUGUUUGUUCAUUAUUUGGGAUGUAUUUUCAGUGAUCCUGUGGGAAUUUUUGUCUGGUAGCUAUUGAAGAUGUGUACUGGCUCAUAGAGAAGGUUGGAAAUUGGAAUAUCUGGAAUUAUAAGUGAGAAUUUCUGUGUCUAAAUGAAUGGAGAACGUGUUGUGAUUAUAAUAAAUGAUCAUUAUUGCAAACAAUUACUGACAGUGUGAACAUUGUGAGUUACAUGUGUAUUGCUUGUAAUUACAGGUGAAAUAAGAAAAGGAAUAUUAUAUUCAUCACUUAAUUAUAGUUACCAUGGGGAAUAAAUUCACUAGAAAGUUAAGGAUCAAUGAUGGACAAGAUAAGGGUCAAGGUCAGGGGUCAAGUGGUGUUGAUAACGAAGGUCAUGAUGUAGAUAAGGGGUCGAAGGUCGCAGAUGGGGCUGUUGUGAGUAAAAGGGCAAGUGCUGAAGGAUCCGAUAAAGGAAAUGAGGGUUUAGGGGAGGGUUCAACAAAACCUGUUGUCACGGUAACUGUGGAAGAUGUAGGGGCCAAUGAGGGGCCCACUGAGGGAAAAACAGAGGAGGUUGCACAGUUAAAGGAGGAAGAUAACGAAGAGGAACAGAAGGCCAAAGCAAAAUCAGCCACGCCUCCCAGUGACGAACGUGAAGAUGAGGCAUCAAUCACCCCACCACAUCCGAUCGCCAAACGGUCCCGACGUGGCGCUGUCAGCGCGGAGGUCUAUAAAGAGGAGGAUGCUGCUCAAUACGUGAAAAAGGUUGUUCCAAAAGACUACAAAACAAUGGCUGCCCUGUCGAAGGCCAUCUCGAAGAACGUCCUGUUCUCCCACCUUGAUGACACAGAGAGAAGUGAUAUUUUCGAUGCCAUGUUUCCUGUGCACAGACAUGCGGGAGAAGUCAUUAUUCUGCAAGGUGAUGAGGGUGACAACUUCUAUGUGAUAGACAACGGGGAAGUGGAUGUGUUUGUUAACAAUGACCAUGUGACAACAAUCGGAGAGGGCGGCAGUUUCGGUGAGCUUGCCCUUAUCUACGGGCUUCCUCGGGCUGCAACAGUCAAGGCGAAAGGCGAUGUCAAGCUGUGGGGAAUUGAUAGAGACAGCUAUCGAAGAAUCCUUAUGGGAAGCACAAUUAGAAAGAGGAAGAUGUAUGAAGAAUUCCUGGCUAAAGUUUCAAUACUCGAGAAUCUGGACAAGUGGGAGCGCCUUACAGUGGCAGAUUCCCUGGAGCCCGUACAGUUUGAAGAUGGCCAGGAAAUUGUGAGGCAGGGUGAACCGGGAGAUGACUUCUUCAUCAUCCUUGAGGGCCAGGCAGCUGUGUUACAGAGGCGUUCAGAUAACGAAGAACCAGUGGAAGUGGGCAGACUCGGAACAUCAGACUACUUUGGUGAGAUUGCAUUACUAUUGAACCGUCCAAGAGCUGCCACGGUGAUUUCACGAGGACCUCUCAAAUGUGUCAAGCUGGAUCGCGGCAGAUUUGAACGUGUUCUAGGGCCCUGUUCAGACAUUCUUAAACGAAACAUCUCACAAUACAAUAGUUAUGUGUCUCUGUCAGUGUAAUAGUAAUAGGGGCUUAUCAUUUCAAAUGGACUUUUAGAUAUAUCUUUUCAAACUCCACACCAUGGUUACUAACCCUUUGCUGUACAAUAAUCACUGCCGUCACAAUCAACAUGUGAUGAUCAUCGAAAUCAUGUGACUUUCAGCAUAUUAUAAAAAAUAUUUCAAAUAUACAUUGUUAUAUAACUUAAAUGUAUAAGUUUAAACUGAACAAUACAGCAUUAAGAUAAAAUAAAAAACAUGAAAAGUGGACAGCUGAAAUCCAGCUGUUUUUCUGAAGUUGUGGCAGAGGUUAGCUCUGCUGUCAAGGGAGAUCACUCUGACUGUGUUGGAGAUUGAUAGCUAUUAUCUAUUAGUGUUAUGGCAUUGACUUAGAGAGGUUUGAGGGGAGAUAAAUAGGGGCAUGAUUUUGUUUAGAGUUGUGUCUGGUGUUAUGGCAUUUGUUAGAAAUAUUAAACUAGGGUGGGUAAACAGUUGGAAUAUAUGAAACUUUGGCAUAUAAACGCUGUUGAAUGAAGGGAUAUUUGUUGAAGAUGAGCAUUCUUAUAAAAUAAAACCAAUUUCUUUCCUUUUUUAUAAAUCAAGCUUCUGAAAGAUACAUGUAUGACCAUUUUAUCAUAUAUAAUUAUGAUUUCUUGAAAUAAAUUCUGAUAAACUACUUUAUAACUGGGGCAUAUUCCUGUAUGACUCUAGUGAGCCAUCGACAUGCAAGGGUUAGGUCUCAAAAUGUCACAUGGGGCUGAAGUGGGACGUGUGUCCACACUGGCAAGAACAUUAUGAAGAAUACAGUAACAAAAGACUUGCCAUUUAUGAAUAACCAAUAUAAAUUUGUACGCCAGGGCGUACUGGAGUAUGCCUAGGUGCGCCCCUGGUAACUACCAAGUUUUAAAGUUGAAAUCUCAGGUUAUGGCUUGGUUAAGACUUGUGUAGUGUACAAUACUUGAUAACAGCUUGAGGUGUUCAUAAAAUGCAUACAUAGCUCAUUAUUGAGCAGUAGAUGUGGCAAUUACUUGGAAUUUCUACCGCCCUAUAUACUAAUAGACUUUUUAUAACAAAAUGAUUUAUUGAAUCCAAGUCCUUAUGCACUUGUUAUUCCAUGGUUAAAAUGCGACUUGUGAAUCUCCAUUCGUUAUGAGUAAUAAUUUAUAGAGUGAUUUGACAUGCUGUCAUUUUUCAUGAGUGAUGUCGGACAUACGACAUUCAAAAUUAACUGAAAUUAAUAUCAUAAAACACUAAUUCAAAGGUAGUCUUGAUAAAAAAAAUCUGUAUGAAUUAUUAAGAUAUUUCUAGAUGGCAAAUGAUCAUUAUCAUGUUGUUAUAAAUUAAUCUGCAUAUCUUAGAUAGGGAUAAAAUAGCAAUAACUUACCAAAAUAUGACUUUGUGCAAGACUGUCUAUUAUGCGUAUAUUUAAGCAUAAAUUGUUAUGUAUUGAAAUGUUUAUUGUUACGAAUGCAUCUGAGAAUGUGUUAUUAUAGGUGAUUUUUCUUUCAUUUUCAAAGAUUGCAGCUUUUCAUCACAUUUUUUUUAUUUAUGCAUUUAGAAGUUUUAGAAAUUUCAUUGUCAUAUCAUCCAACCAUUGAUCAUGAUGUUUAAAUGUUUUCGCAUUUAUUGUAGUUCUUUAAAAGAAAGUUAAAAAUUCUAAUAAGAAACACAGAGCACUGGUUGUGAUGGUGCGAUGUUCUGAUCGAAUAAAAUGAAAUAAAGAAUGAUGGAUGCCAAAAAUCUGCGAAAAUUUAUUAUUAUUAUAAUCACAAUGAGUUUUCCAUGAACUUUAUAACUUAUCAACCAUAAAAUACAUGUGUUUAAUAUCAUUUGUUGAGGCAGUAUGUUGGGUAAAUUUGAAAUAUUUAUUACACAAAUGAUGUUUUCAUACCAACAUUAUUAUUGAUUUACACUUACGAUUAUUCCUGAUUUGAUGAACGAUUGUAGUCUAUUACAAUCAAUAAUGAUAUUUAUCCAAUUAUUAUUCAACACUUCAUUAAAGUAUGUAAUGGAUUAUUAGAAAUAUUUCUUGAAAAAAAAAUAAAAAAAAUAUGUAAAUCAAAAUAAUGUUUCUAGUCUAAUAAUCCGCAUCAGACUUUUUAUAAUAAUUUCGGUUGCGGUUUCUUGUUACAUUUUUAAACUUUUGAAUAAUAAAAAAUCUUGUUUCCAUGCCUGGUAAAUAAAUUACUAAACCUUCAUAUAACAUCAACAUGAAAACCAAUUCUUAAUUUAUUUACUGAUUAUAAACGGGUAAAUUUGCUUGAAACUAUGUUACACCAGUAAUGUUACUAUGAUGUUUUGCUUGAAAGCGAUAAAGGAAGUUAAACAUGUAUUUUGAAACAUUUCUUAGUUACGUUAGGUCCGAAUUUUAAGGUAGUGAUACAAAAUUUUGAAAACUAAAUCCAAGAUGAUUUUUUGUUCAACAUUUUAAUUGGAAUAAUUAAAUUUCGUUUUAAGGCUAAACAUAUUUGUAACCACUCCUUUAGUGAGCCAUGUAUAUGCAAAACCUUUAUCCAAUUUGGAUUGUUAAGCGCUUCUCCAUUGGUCUGAUGAAUUAGAAUGCUUAACCAUUGGUCGGAUGUGAUGUUAAAUGCCUCUCCAUUGGUCGAAUGGAUGUGAUGUUAAAUGGCUCUCCAUUUGUCGAAUGGAAGUGAUGAAUGUGUUAUAAAAUGCAUGAUAUAGAACGUUUGUUGGACUAUUUGACAGUCUAUUUAUUAACCGAAUUGAUUGAGAUUACUAGCAGCUUUUGAAUUAUGUACAUAUUGUAUAAUCCAGAAUCCAUAAAUUGUCCAGGAACUGUACUUUUGUUGUUGAAUAAACAAGAAUAUAUACAUACCGGGUAUUGACAUGAAAAUCAUGUUACAUGCACUGCUAUAGUUUGUGAGAAUCUUUGUGAUUGGAUUAUUAGGACUAAAUCAGUUAUAAGUAUUUGCAUUUUUGUAAAAUAAUGAAAUGAUUAUAUUGCUGUUACAUUUUUAAUUGUUGAAAUGUAGAGUAGAAUUAUUCUGUAAAACACUACAAUGCGCGGUGUAGGUAUCAUGCUGUUUUAAAUAAAACUGAUAUUAAUGCAUAAUUGCAUAUAAACAAGCCAGAGUAUACAUUGCAUGUUAGUAUUAGAAAUGUUUUUGAUCUUUUUGAUAGCAAAUAUCACACAAGCAGGAAAUAUGACAUCAAUCCUUACUGUUACUGUAAUUAGAAUGGUGAAACGAACCCAUGAGGUAACAUGUUUUGGACCAUUAUGCUGUCAUGUAUUUUUUUGACAAAUAAUAUCUUUGAUAUAUUCAUGAUAGGGAAAAGUGAUCAUUCAAAUAUUUUCUAUAUUAUAAAGACCCAUUUCUGCUCGUUGCAGUUCAAUGCUUAAGGAGCUUUAAUAGGCCAGUCAUUGAUGUAUUCUUGUAAGUAUGGUGUACCUUUUGAGCCAAAAAUCAACAUUUUUCAGUACAUCCUUGAUACUUUAAUACCACUAUUUAAUUUAUACUUGCAGCUUUUGGUCUUUCUCCGGGGAAAAAGAGUAUUUGUACUUACCUAUGUGUUUGCAGUUACCAUGCCAUUUUAUGUAUAAAAUAGUAUGAAAGUCUACUGUACUGUAGGGUUUCAAUGUUAAAACAACAAAAUAAUAUAAGACUAUACACAAUGAAAAUGUAAACCACUUUUUUACUAUGAAAAUAUAAUCCUUCUUAACGCAAAUAUAAACCAUGUUGAAAUAUGUAGUCCAUUUACAGGUUUUUUGGGGGUUUUUUUGGCUUAAAUGGUACUUCAUAAUUUAGUCCUUAGCUUCGCAAAUCUAGACCAGUGACUGCUGAAAAUUGAAUUAGUGAUUUUUAAAUGUGUGUAUCUUCUGUAUUAUUGUAUUGAUAUUUUACAGGCAAUGUAUUGAGUUGCAUAGACAUAUUGUAGGAAUUAUGUUAAAAUCUGUGAAUGGAAUGUGUAAAAACCUGUAAAACAGUUACAUGAUAUGGUUUGAAUAAACAGAUAAAUGUA